AUUAGUUUCCCUCUCUAUUCGAAUUUCAAAACGCAGUGGAGCCAUCAGCUACAGUGAGUGACAUCCCACCUCUUUCUCUCUCUAGAAUAAUAAUCCCCAAUUCAAUUUGCUCUGAAUAAAACCCCAAUUCAAUAAUUCACAUUUUUACAUUUAUAGAUAGUCAAAGACACAUAAAUGUAAAUGUAGAGAGAGAAAAACACAGAUAGAGAGAGAGAGAGAGAGAGAGAGAGAGAGAGUAAUUGGGGGUAUGGCCUUGGUUUUCGCCUGAGAAGAACGGCGGCGGUGGGAAGAGCUAUGGGUUGCUUUUUCGGCUGUUUUCGUAUCAAAAACCCUAACUCUAAUCUCAUUACUCCUCGGGAGAAUGUGACGUCUAGCAGUAAGAAUGCGCUGUCGUCAUUGUUCGUAUGCGAUGAUGAUUCGGUUCGAAAGGGGGAGGAAGGUCGGAAAACGCCGGCUCCGGUACUUGAUGUCAGUGAGCUAAAAAUUGAGGCCAAAUUUGUCAAAACUUGUGAAACUUUACCAGAGACGCCUGUUGAAAUUCGAAAAACCUUGGACAAAUGGGAGGAUAAGUCAGCUCAAAACAAAGAAGAAAAAUCUGUUGAAUUCGAUUCAUGGCUUCCCGAUUCAUCCAUAGAGAAACCAAAACUGGAGAAGCAAUCUGAUGCAUCUCCAAGAUCAGGUUCUACGGUGGACUCUUCUAGCAGUCACAGCUGCAUGACAGAUGGAGGUAACACCGGAAGAGUGUCUAACAGCCCUGUCCGAAGAAGAGAUUUUCAGAAUGUUAUUACAACAACCAUGCACAUGUCUGAUAGUGAAACUCAUUCCGAAACUUCAUCGGUUACUUCUCGGAAUUUUCCACCUAGUGCACAAUGCGAAAGUUCCGACUCCAACCACCUUAGAGAACAACCACUUAAGCUAAACGAUGAAGAUAACGAAGAUGUUAAUAGCGAAUCAAGCCUGUCAUCCUGGUUCAAACCGGUUUCAGACAAACGAGAUUGCAGUAACGAAGAAUCUGGUUCCGUUUAUGGUAAGAAAGUUCAUAAAGGGAAAACUCCUAAAGAUAGGCCUAUAAUAGGGAUGGUGGCAGCCCAUUGGAACGAUGAUGUCACGACUCAUAUUUCACCUAAAUGGUGGGAUGGGAAUGGAAUCCCAAAUUCUACCAACAAGUACAAAGAGGAUCAGAAAGUUAGUUGGCAUGCAACACCAUUUGAGGAGAGACUAGAAAAGGCACUUUCUGAAGAAACUUUUAUAUCUCAGAGGAAGACAACAAGCGGAAAACCCCCUUUAGAGUUCAAAGAAACGGAAGAGUGCGAUACUGCUUUAUCACAUCUACAGCCUUCAGCCCACAUCAAAUCCGUUGUAUCAUUUUAAUGAAGAAUGAGACCGUUGUUUUCGUUUUUACGUUUUUUCAUCGUUGUUUGCUUUUUU